AUGUCUAGCAAUCUUGGAAUGGAGGAGGCGGGGCGUGGAUCCUACCACCAGCAGUACUGGCUGGACGGACGACUCAUCGCCGUCGGAGUGCUGGACCUUCUCCCUCGCUACGUCUCCUCCGUCUACUUCUACUACGACCCAGACUACAGCUUCCUCUCUCUCGGCACCUACGCAGCGCUCAGAGAGGUGGCGCUGACGCGGCAACUGAUGCGGGAGGACCCGCGCAUGCGUUACUAUGGCAUGGGCUUCUACGUACAAUCGUGUCCGAAGAUGCGCUACAAGGGCAACGUGCGACCGGCGCAGCUGCUGUGCCCACAGGCGUACACGUGGAACCCGCUAGCAGCCAGCGUACCGAAGCUAGACGCGAACAAGUACAGCCGGCUGGACGAUAGCGACUGCG